CGACGCCGACGCGCCCACAAACUCGUCCCAUUUUCUCCCCGUCCCCCGCCCCCAGUGCUCCGCGCAUCGACGCAUCGCCGCCUCCUCCCUACCCGAGAAGCCGGACAGAGUCCACUCCCUCCUUCUCCUCUACACAACCAGCAUCACAACCGCCUCCUCCUUCCUCGUCCGCGCCGCCCGCCGAAACCGGGAGAAGCUAAUCCGACGAGCAUGGCGCCCCUGAGGCUCCUCCGGUCCGCCGUCGGGCGGCUCAGGACGGCGGCGCCCGCAGGCCGCGCAGCUUUCUCCAGCGCCGCCGCGACCACGGAGGGCAACGCCAAGGCGACCGUCCGCGAGGGGGUGAUCGCCGCCGCCGCCGCGGCCGUCGCCGGGUCCGGGCUGGGGCUCUGGCUCAUGCCGCCGGCGCUCGCGGACUCCGGCGAGGUGGCCCGCGCCGCCGCGCCCGGCCAGAUCGCCGCGGCCGGGCAGAUCUCGGCGGCCGCCGGCGCAGUCGGGGAGCGGCACGAGAAGCGGAGGAGGUUCCUGCUCGCAGACUCAUAUCGUCGAAGGGUGUUCUUCAAUUACGAGAAAAGGAUACGGCUUCGCAGCCCCCCUGAAAAGAUUUUUGAGUAUUUUGCUUCUGUGCGAAAACCGAAUGGGGAAAUGUUCAUGUUGCCUGCUGACUUGAUGAGAGCGGUGGUUCCUGUUUUCCCUCCAUCGGAGUCGAACGUAGUGCGGGAAGGGAGGCUAAGGGGGGAACCCAGCCCUGGAGAGUUGCAUUGUGCUCCAUCCAAAUUCUUCGUCCUGUUUGACACAAACACCGAUGGUCUCAUCUCGUUUGCCGAGUACAUCUUUUUUGUUACAUUACUCAGCAUUCCUGAGUCAAGCUUCAGUGCGGCCUUCAAAAUGUUUGACGUCGACCUCAGUGGGGAGAUAGACAAAGAAGAGUUCAAGAAAGUAAUGGCAUUGAUGCGGUCCUAUAACAGACAAGGAGCUGCCCACAGGGAUGGCUUACGUACAGGAUUUAAAGUUGGCCAGUCUGUGGAAAAUGGUGGGGUCGUUGAGUAUUUCUUUGGUAGUGAUGGGAAUGAACCUCUACACUUUGAUAAGUUCACAAGUUUUUUGAAGGAAUUGCAUGAAGAGAUUAUUCGUCUGGAAUUCAGUCAUUAUGAUGUCAAUUCGACAAACACUAUCCCAGCAAAGGAUUUUGCACUGUCCAUGGUGGCUUCUGCUGACAUGAAUCACAUUAGCAAGCUACUUGAUAGAGCUGAUACAUUGGGCAAUGACCCUUAUCUCAAGCACUUACGCAUUACGUUUGAGGAGUUUAAGGCAUUUGCGGAUUUACGUCGAAGAUUGGAAUCAUUGACGAUGGCUAUAUUUGCUUAUGGUCAAGUAAAUGGGCAAUUGACAAAGCAGGAUCUGAAGCGUGCAGCACAGCAUGUCUGUGGUGUUGAAUUAACUGACAGAGUGGUGGACAUCAUUUUCCAUGUGUUUGACACGAACAAUGAUGGGCACCUGAGCUCAGGGGAGUUUCUGAGAGCACUUCAAAGACGAGAAGCCGAUAUUCAUCAGCCAGCGACGCGAGGAGGUCCCAUGGGCUGGCUGAACCCUAAAAACCGUUCUUCGCUUCUGCAGAUGCUGGGCUAGUAGAGUUUUUUAUCGUUGCAAGAUUUUUCUUCUUAAGCCUUGGGUCAGGUACCAUUUGAAUGGUAUUUCAGCCAAGUCUAGGUCACAUAAGAAUGAUAAGAUUAGUUCAUCCAGUCUUGUUAUAGUAUCCCGUUCUGUUGUUACUGCUCAGGACUGGGAGUGAAUUUUGCUGUAAAUAUCGUGUAGGUAUAGCGGUUGAUCCGGUUGUACAUAGUGUCUUUGGUGUGCUCUCUCAGAGUCUCAGUACAUGGGUGAGGGUGAUGUAUUUUAUCUGGUAAUAGGAUAUAGGUGUUAAGUUUCAAACCUUGUCCAUCUUAUCUGUUCCAUUUUUAUGUAUUUAUAGACAGCAUUUCAUAAUAUGACAGCUGCAGCUUUGU